AACUAGCAAGGCAUUGCAUGAGCUGUGACAGAGAGAGAGAGAGAGAGAGAGAGAGACAGAGAGACAGAGAAACAGGAGGAGAGCUUUGGAGUUUCCUCAACAUUGGUUUGGCAUAAUCGCCCCUUUUCUUCUUUCGUCCUCGGCUCUUCCAAAGGAUUAACCAAAAAAGCCAAACCUUCAAUUUUUUUGUGGCAGUCUCUGCCAUACCUAUUAAUCUCAACUUCUUUUUCUUUUUUUAAUGCUUGUCUAAUCUUAUGGGCUCUGGGUCUGUAUACACUUGUAUUGUCAUUCUCUUUCUCUCGCUAUUUAUAUAAGCUUAAAAAAAUAAAGAUCCUUGCUUUUCUCUCUAUCGCUGCAGCUGCAAUACAUAUUUUCAUUUCUUGAUAUAGACUGUCAGUAGAAUAGAUGGCAAAUGCUUCUGGAUUGUUUACCCCUUCAGCACCAAGCCUAAGGAGGAGGAGGAUUAGACCUUCAAUAGGGAUUAUUGGAUCUGGGUUUUUCUCCUCCGAUGGAAUAUCAAAGAGGGUAUUCUGCUCCGCCACCAUUGAAGGUGAAGACAAGCUUUCUAGUUCUCAAUCUCGAAUACCCAGGCUCAUUAGUAAAGGCUGCAAGCUAGUUGGAAGUGGCUCAGCAGUACCCACUCUUCAGGUUUCAAAUGAUGAUCUUGCAAAACUAGUCGACACAAGUGAUGAAUGGAUAUCUGUUCGAACUGGGAUUCGUAAUCGAAGAGUUCUUGCAGGCAAAGAUAGUUUGAUUUCUCUAGCAACGGAGGCAUCUAGGAAGGCUCUUGAGAUGGCCAAGGUGGAGCCUGAUGAUGUGGACCUAGUUUUAAUGUGCUCGUCUACACCAGAGGAUCUUUUUGGUAGUGCUCCUCAGAUCCAGAAAGCACUUGGCUGCAAAAGAAAUCCUUUGGCUUAUGAUAUUACAGCUGCAUGUAGUGGAUUCAUUUUGGGUCUGGUUUCAGCUGCUUGUCAUAUCAGGGGAGGUGGGUUCCAAAAUGUAUUGGUUAUUGGUGCUGAUUCUCUUUCUCGGUAUGUUGACUGGACGGAUAGAGGAACUUGUAUACUCUUUGGGGAUGCUGCGGGCGCUGUGCUUGUACAGGCCUGUGACAGUGAAGAUGAUGGUUUGUUUAGUUUUGACUUGCAUAGUGAUGGUGAUGGCCAAAGACACUUGAAUGCCGCCAUCAAAGAAAAUGAAGUGGAUCACGCACUGGGAUCUAAUGGUUCAGUUUUAGGCUUCCCUCCCAGGCGCUCCUCAUAUUCUUGCAUUCAGAUGAAUGGAAAAGAGGUUUUUCGCUUUGCUGUGCGAUGUGUGCCACAAUCUAUAGAGUCUGCUCUUGAAAAGGCUGGUCUCACUGGGUCUAGCAUUGAUUGGUUACUGCUCCACCAGGCAAAUCAGAGGAUCCUUGAUGCAGUUGCAACACGUUUACAAGUCCCACCAGAAAGGGUUAUAUCAAAUUUAGCAAAUUAUGGCAACACAAGUGCUGCUUCAAUUCCACUUGCAUUGGAUGAAGCCGUUCGAAGUGGGAAGGUGAAGCCAGGCCACACCAUUGCAUCUGCAGGUUUUGGGGCCGGCCUAACCUGGGGUUCUGCAAUUAUUAGAUGGGGCUGAAAAUAUUCAUUUCCUACCAGUGACCACUACAAAAUCGAAACGACGAGAAUUUACUUGUAGCGUGCAGUUAUACAGUUCUUUCAAGUGGGUUGCAUUAAAAAAAAAAAAAUCACAGAUAUUGCCAAUGCAAAAUCUCUAAUGACUCCUUUUUUCUUUGCUUGCUUUAUGUUGGCUACUUUAUUUUUGCAACUCCAAUAAAUUUUAUUCUUUUGUA